AUGGGUGAUAAGAAUGGACAAGUAGUAGCUGGUGGCAAUGGCCAAGGAAAUCGAUUGGAUCAAUUGAGUUAUCCAACCAAUGUGUUGAUCGACAAAGAGACGGAUAGUCUCAUUAUAUGUGAUUACGAGAAUGGACGAGUCGUACGAUGGUCUCGUCGUAGUGGUACAACUCAAGGAGAAAUCCUCAUCGACAACAUCGAUUGUUGGGGAUUGACCAUGGAUGAUCAGAGAUAUCUCUACAUCUCUGACCACGACAAAGAUGAAGUAAGACGAUAUCACAUAGGAGACAAGAAUGGAACUAUCGUGGCUGGUGGCAAUGGCGAAGGUGCUGGUCUCAAUCAACUCAACCAUCCGACCUACAUCUUUCUCGAUCAACAACAGACUGUUUACGUGUCAGACUUCCAUAAUCAUCGUGUAAUGAAAUGGAAUAAAGAUGCAAAAGAAGGAAUUGUCGUCGCUGGAGGUCAAGGCCAAGGGAAUACUCUGACACAAUUGUCGUAUCCUCAAGGACUGUUCGUCGAUAUAUUGGGUACCAUCUAUGUGGCAGACUGGGGAAAUCAUCGAGUGAUGCGUUGGUCUAAAGGAGCGAAACAGGGCACUAUUAUUGUGGGUGGAAAUGGUCAAGGAGCAGGAGCUAAUCAGUUUUACUGUCUCCAAGGUUUGUCCUUCGAUCUUCAUGGCAAUCUCUAUGUCGCCGAUCAUGGGAAUAAUCGUGUUCAACGCUUUUCAAUCGAAUAG